AACAACUCCUCAGGGCCUUCCUGCUCCUUCCUCCAUCCUCAGCUAGGUUUACACGGUGAGUACGAGUAUACCCCACCCCUCUCCUUCUCCCCUUCAUGCACCUCCUUCAUGUCACCCGUCGAUCGCGCUAACGUGCCUACGCUAGAUCCCUGUAUACCUUGCAACUUGUUGAGGCAACCUUCGUCCGUUGUCAUACAUCACGCUUCUUGUAAGGCCUGUUGAGUGUCUUCACCCGAGGUGAGCCCGUCUUCCUGCGUCCUACUCUCCCGACCCUUCAUACUUCCUCGCUGCUACCUACAGUACAAAUCCCCCAAAUCCCCCAACUCUCCCCGUCCCAGACGCUUACUGAUGCUCUUCCAGUGGUUUCGAUCCUCCGGUGAAGCGUUUCACCAGGCUUGCAACAAGCUGAGUAGCCCGCGGACGCAGUAUGGUUUAAUGUGUGGAAGCCGUAUCGGGGGUCAUUGUCUCGACCGCCGUGCGCCGCUGUUCAUCUGGCGCACGUUGACACGCUGCUCUUCUUACCUAUCACCGGGAUCUCUCGACCACUCGGGGUCCCGCCCUUGUAUGGGGUUCCAUCUCACCCUCAGGUACCUUACUUACCUCACUGUCGGGCUUGGGAUGGGCGGAUCUGUAGCUAUCGUCGUCGAGUACAACCUGCUUACGGGGUUCGGAGAAUGAAUAUACAUUGGAAGCCUAAUUGCACGGA